CCCUUUUAAGGCUUUAGAACACCCGGUCAUAUGCACUUCGCUUGCUCAGUGUUGGAAAAAUUCUCCUUACAGCCUUUCACUCUGCUUUGUGUGAACAGGGGUCAGCAUCCCUUCAGCGCCUGAGUUUUAGGGGAAACAAACGAGGCUAUUUUCUGAGGCGGGUUUUGUGCAUCCCACAGUGGGACGGGAGGGCGGGGGGGGGGCACCGCCUCCCGUGCGCACAGCCCCACCCGCGGGGAUAAAAGCGUCGGCUCAGCUGGGGCUCCCAAAGCGAUGGGCGCCGUCAUGGGAGCCGGGCGAGCGGUGGGACUGCUGCUGCUGCUGGUUAUGCUACUGACGAUGCCUGGAGCCCAAGCGAACUGUGGGGAGACAGAGUACUCCCAUCAAGGUCUCUGCUGUGUAUUUUGUGAAGCAGGUACUUUUGUUGCUGAUCACUGCAGUGCUUCGCAUUUGAGAGGAAAAUGUGACCCUUGCAAAGAAGGAAAAGACUUUACUCCCCAUGCGAACAGCUUGGAGGAAUGCUUGCCUUGCAGACAGUGCAAAGAGGAUCAGAUAACGCUGAGAUCCUGUACUCUGACACAGAAUGCUGAAUGCCAGUGCAAACAAGGGUAUUUCUGUGCUGAUGAGGGCUGUGAAAGAUGUCAGAGAAACAGUGAAAUGCAUCCGGACGGGAAAGAGGUUGUGCCGAAUUCCACUGAUGCUACAGACCCAAGCUUGCCCAAUCAAGGGCAGGGAGCUCUCGUUUGGGUUAUUCUGGUGUUUCUGUUUGGUUUGGUUCUGCUAAUUGCUGUUAUUAUAAAGCUGAAGUGUCAUAAAGCUGCCUCAACUGGUGAAGAUGCAGAGGGAGGUCUGGUACAAGAAUUAAAUGAGAUAAUUGUUAAAGAUCUCUCUCAAAGUGAACUGAGCAAGACCUUUGAUGUCUUUAUAAAGGAAGUACCACCACAACAGUGGAAGCAGCUUAUGAAAACACAGCUACAGGAAAAUGAUAUUGAUAAAAUUAUUUCUAAAUUUCCUAAUAAUAGAGAUGAAAAUCCUGUAAGAUGCUUCUCAGGAAAGUAACGUGUAUUACUAAUUUACUGGAUGCAUCGAUAAUGAGACUUAUUACAACAAAUCGAACACCUUAAAAAGAAUAACCUUUUAAGUAAACUAGAAGCUAAAGAUUAAUGUCUAGGAGGAGCUGCAAAAAUGUUCCUGGGUGCAUAUGUGUCUUUAGACUUCUUUAAAUGAGGGCGUCAGAAACUGCUAGUAGAAAUGGAGUUGAUACCCUCCUUAUCUUAUGCAGAGACCUGGAAGGUGUGAAAUGUCUCUGUUGUUUUCGUGUUUACAUGACCUUCCUACCUUUGAGUUGUAAAAUAUGAAACUCAGGUGCUGGAUGCCUACUUGGGAACCAAGAGCUCCGGCAUCCCUUAGUGUGUGGCCGUGCUGGGCUGUCCCAACCUGGGUGGCGGGGAACAAAAGUCCGCUGCUGUUUUUGAGAGUACUGUGAUGCUUUCAUUUCCGAAAAGCUUUUGUUCUGUAUCGGACUGCUUAGCACAGUUAUAUUUGAAGCACAGCAAUAAAAGCCUGGCUG